AUGCUUAUUGCGACCGGGCAGGAGCGUGAAGAACUUAAAGAUGCGCUUGAAGGAAGGGACAUUCUGGAUGCAGACCAUCCUGUUGGUCCAUUUGUUGGGUGCCUUGGAGGUGAAGGCGAGGAUGAGCAUGAUGUUGUUUGGUUUCGGCUGGAGAAAGGCAAGCCACAUGAAUGCCCUGUGUGCUCACAGUAUUUCACGCUGGAAGUCAUAGGCCCAGGAGGAUCACCACCACAUUGGGAUGGUGAUGAUGAUCAUCAUAACUGA